GAGGCACCAAGCCUUUUAUCAACAGCUCAUGUUUGCAAAAGUUUAUCUUUUGAGUAAAUAAUCAUCAAAAUCAAUCCAUGCGAGCCCCGUCAGCAGCUAUUAUCGCCGGUAGGCGAAGAAGGCACAUCUCCUCUCUGCUUUCCAGAAGUUUCAGCUUGUGCUGCCAUCGACUCAUGGCACAUGAAGGUGAUCUCGAUGCAACCCAACGAAGACUACUAGAAGAACAAUGUAUUUUAGUCGAUACAGAUGACAACGUUCAAGGGUGUGCGACCAAGCGAGAAUGCCACCUCAAGGAAAACAUCGUCGAGCAGGGAUUGCUGCAUAGGGCGUUCAGCGUUUUCUUAUUCAAUUCCAAGGGAGAUCUGCUCAUUCAGCAGCGAGCCGACACGAAAAUAACAUUCGCUGGUUUAUUCACAAAUUCGUGUUGCAGUCAUCCCCUUUACGUAGAAUCAGAAAUGGAAGAAAACGAAUGCUUAGGUGUGAAAAGAGCUGCUAGAAGGAGAUUAGAAUACGAGCUUGGGAUACCCCAGAAAGAAGUGAUCCUUGACGAUUUUCAAUUUCUCACCCGUAUCCAUUACAAAGCAUCUUCCGACAAGAUCUGGGGCGAACAUGAGAUUGACUAUGUUCUUUUCAUACAGAAAGACGUUACACUUGCCCCAAACUUGAAUGAAGUACAGCUGUGUGAAUACAUGAGUCAAGGGCAAGUCCGCCGAUUACUUUCUGACUCAAAACAAGAUGACAAAGUAAAAGUGACACCAUGGUUCAAGUUAAUUGGAAAGGAUCAUCUGUUCCACUGGUGGAACAAUUUAGGGAAUCUAAAAACCUUGCAAGAUCACUCCACUAUUCAUAGGAUGUAAUUGUUCUUACUUGCUUUUUUAUUAAAUUUGAAUAUCUCUCAUAAUUAUCUUUCUGUAUGCUAUAGUGGAAAUAUAAAGUGGAAAAAGUAGAAUCAAGUAUAUAUUAUGAAAUCCAAUUUGUUAUAUGUAUGCUCAAAAUUGUAAUAACAUUUUUCAAAUUUGCAUACAAAAUUCACUGGAACACAACAUUUAUAGAGUUUAAGCAGAUAAGAAAUAUGGCACCAAAAUUUGCAAUAUAUUUAUGACUUCUGAACCAGAUUACCUAAAAUAUGUUACAUAAGCUAUAUAUUUUAUUUGCUUUGGAAUAGGAAAUAUAAUCAAAUGUUUGUUUUGUCUUCUUAGUUUCACUAUUGAGCUAGUAACAUAGGAGGAAAUAAGUGUCACUGAUAUGAAAACACUAAUUAAAUUACAGCAUUUGAAAUGUUCCCUGGGCCCUAUUGUAGUCUUCUCAAAACACUCUGUCUGCAAGGGAUCAAGAAGUACAAGUGCUAUCAAUAACAAGAUAAAGCCAAAAUCUAACUUUAUCAGAUAAGCUUAAUUAAAACUCA